AUUCAGAGUUAAGCUCAGGGCUUCCAGAAGACAGCUACUCAUCAGGAGGUGAAGCCCUGGAUGGUGAUGAUGAAGAUGAAACAGCAGCCCUUGGCAAUGAGGUUGAAGAGGCAACAAGCUCCGAAGCUGGCCCAAGUGCAGGCUGGGCAGAUGCCAUGGCAAAAGUGCUCAACAAAAAGAUUCCACAAAACAAGUCCACCAUCUUGGCCAAGAAUAAAAACCUGGAGAAAGAGAAAGCAAAGGAAAAACAAGAAAGGCUGGAGAAGAGGAUGAAGCUCGAUAAAAAGCGGGAGUGGGAAAUGAUGUGCCGAGUGAAGCCAGAUGUUGUCAAAGACCGAGACAGAGAAAGAAAUCUUCAGAGAAUUGCCACAAGAGGAGUUGUACAGUUAUUUAAUGCUGUCAGGACACACCAAAAGAACAUUGAUGAGAAGGUGAAGAAAGCUGGGACAUCUGACAGGCAGCGUGCUAAACUGCUGUCAUCUGUUUCAAAGAAAGAUUUCAUCGAUGUCUUGAGAAAUGCAGAGGGUGCUAAAGGAAGCAAGAAUCCUGCUGGAAAGGCCACAAAAAAUAAACAGGGCGAAGUGAAGUCUGAAGAGGGUCCAGAAUGGAAUAUACUGCGUGAUGACUUCAUGAUGGGAGCAUCUAUGAAAGACUGGGACAAGGAAAGCGAUGGAGAGGGCAGUAUUGAAGAAGGAGGUGGUCUGAAACAAGAAGAUGACAGUGACUGAAUGGAACUGAAAACCAUUCAAGAUAAUGUUUUAUCUUCUUUAUUUUCUUUGGAUAAAAAGCCAGCAUUCUGUGAAUGUACAACACUUGGAGGAUAUCUUUUUAAAGAAAAAAUGGAAAAGACUUGCACAACUUUGGAGUGUUUUCUCCUUCAUGUCAGACUUUUAUUUAAUACAGCUUCAUUUGCUAUACUGAAAUCCUGAAAUAUUUUCCAAAACAUGCAUAAUUUUCAACAUAUUUCCAAAACAUUUUGUACAGUCAAAAUAGUGGCACCUGCCCAAUGAAAGACUGAUUUUGCCAAGGUCAUUAAAAGUUUAUACAUUAGUCAUGGCAAGUGAUGUAUUAGUGUGCCUGCUUUUCCAAAUCAGCGUUGCACAUUGAAAGUUGUUAGCAAUUCACAAUAGAAAUGGCUUACAAUAAACACAGAAAUGCCGUCACCUUGUAAAGUUAUCAGACUCCUCUAAAGUCUUUACUACUUUGGCCAGAAAAGGUUUUGUAGAUAAUAA